GCGGCAGCGGCCUCGGCAGCGGCUGUGGGCUGGGCGCAGCCGGGCGCGCCGCGGCCGCGCGGGGACAUGCGGAGCUGCGGCGACGCCUGCGGGGGAACGCAAGUUGCAGGAAGCCUCUCAAGACUCUGAAUUUCUAAGGUUGGGAGAUAUCACCAUAGAGCAGUACACCAUGUCAACUGCAGGAGUUGCUGCACAAGAGAUUAGAGUCCCAUUAAAAACUGGAUUUCUUCAUACUAGCCAAGGCAUGGGGAGUCUGAAAACCUGUUGGGGUAGCCACAGUGGAUUUGAAAAUACUUUCUUUAAUGUGGACCCUAUAGCUGUGGCAUAUAAUUUGAAUCCAUCAGCACAGCAACAUUUACCAUCCAGUGGGCACUCUUCAGACCAUUCUUCCAUGAAUGACCACAGCUUUGCUGCAAGUUGCAUCCAGGUUCCAUCUCAGAAAUCCAGUCCAGUUCCUGUAAGUCCCAAAAAUGAACAGCCAAUUUCAAGAUAUGAAGACCAUCUUGUUCCUGGCUUUAGUAAACUGUCAUUAACUAUGGGCUAUGUUUCUGAAGAAACACCUCCUCACAUGCCAAUAAAAAAUGGACCAAUUCAAUUUCUGUCUGCAUUUUCCAAUGACCGCAGCUCUAGGCCAUUACCUCCACUGCCUAUUUCUGAGGAUCUUACUUCAGACGAGGUUGAUAAAGAAGUGGAAUUCCUGACUAGCUCAGACACUGACUUUUUGUUAAAAGAUAAUGAACUUCCUUCUUUUAAGUCCAGUGCCUCGAGCAGGCGGAGCUUUAGGGGUUGUGGACAAAUCAAUUAUGCAUAUUUUGAUGCUCCUGCAGGACCAAAACCGGAAGGUACCAACCCUGCACAAAGUCUAAAUGGAUACAUAUCUAGUAUUUAUCCUCCUCCACAGCAGCUGCAUAGACGUUUGCGAAGGUCCCAUUCAGGGCCUGCUGGAUCACUCAGUAAACCAGUAGUGAGACUAUCUGGACACUUAAACAGGUCUUCUCCAAAUUCUGAUGAAGAUAAACCAGAGAUUCCACCAAGGGUUCCCAUACCUCCAAGGGCUCUCAAACCAGAUUACAGAAGGUGGUCAGCAGAAGUUGCUUCUAGUGCAUACAGUGAUGAAGACAGGCCUCCCAAAGUGCCUCCAAGGGAACCUUUGUCCCGCAGCAAUUCCCGUACACCCAGUCCUAAAAGCCUGCCAUCAUACCUCAAUGGUAUUAUGCCCCCCACCCAGAGUUUUGCACCUGAUCCUAAAUAUGUCAGCAGCAAAGCUCUACAGAGACAAAAUAGUGAAGGAUCUGCCAACAGGAUCCCUUGCAUUCUUCCCAUUAUUGAAAAUGGUAAGAAGGCCAGUUCAACACACUAUUAUCUGCUGCCUGAAAGGCCUCCAUAUCUGGAUAAGUAUGAGAAAUUCUUCAGAGAAGCAGAAGAAACUAGCUCUAAUUCAGAGGUACAGUCCUGGUCUGGUGACUGCACAGCCACUUCAACCUCAACAAAACUGGACUCAAAAACUAGAAUGGACAUAGCAGGUCAUCUAAAACGAAAACACUUAUCUUACGUAGUUUCUCCGUAGUUUCUGGGAACACAACUCAGCUCGGUUGUUCUGAAUGAAGCAGAACUUUAUCAUGUCACAAAGUUCUUAAGGUUCUCAAAUAAUGAAGUAGGACCAGUUUGUCCUCUGAGAACUGGGAAGUGGAUGGUAAAAGCCUAUUAUGCUGCAUAUCUCCAAUAUGUUUCUUAAGACUGGCUUUCUUGUCUUGGUCAAAGUUGAAAACCUACAGAGAUUCCAUAGAAACAUAUCGAGGCAUAAUAGUCGCAGCUGGCCAGUUAUGUUACCCUAGCUUAACAUAUUUGGUAGUCACAUUAUCAAAAAAGAAAAUCUAGCUUUGCUUAUGAGUGAUGUAUACAACCGACAACAGAGCAGAUAAUGCAGUACAGUUUUCAUAUCGGGCAUUUCCAGAAUUUCUUAUGAUGGUAACAUUGCUGAGAACAAGAAGGUUCUCUUUCACUAGGAUAUGCCAGCCUGGUUAGAAGGUAACUUCCUGGUUAGAAGGUAAGGAUCUAAUAUCUACUUUGAGACUUGACAAGCAUAUUGGAAAAGCAUUUAGACUGAGUCUAUUUGACAGCUUAAUUGGACGCUAGUAGAUUUUUUUUUUUUUUUUUUUUUUAAGUGAAGUAGCUUGGAACAGAGUUAGGCUCUGUGGAUUCUUUCAAUAGUUAGAGACACUAGGCUCAAUUUUGUCAUUUCUCCUAGAAGAGACUUGAAGAGAAGGGACUUGCGAAGCUUCUGCUACUCUUUUCCUGAUGGGUCCUAGAAAGGGGUGAAUGUGUCCUAAAAGUGGCAGAGGAUAUGAACAGUUAUAUAAUUGCUAGUAAACAGACAGUAACAACUAUAGGCUCAUCUAGAGUCUGAAAUUCUGACUGUAUUAAACAGAAACACAACACAACACAAGCUGGUCUUGUGUUUUGGUUUCUAUUCAGUAUUUUAGGGGAGGAGGAGGGUAUGGAAAAAACAUGAUUCCAUUUAUGAACAGUGUCAGUCCCAUCUCUCUCUGCUUCAGAUGCUGCUUCUUUCUUUUUUUUCCUCAUUCUGUCUCGGUGAGCCACUAAAAUUCACCGAGGUGCCAGAUUUGUGCAUUAGGAGUUUUUCAUGCUCAUUUUGAUUACAUUUAUUCUUUUACAGAUAAGCACAAGAGAAAGGGUGCUCAUUAAUGGAGGUACAAAAGUUAAAUAUGUUCCUCCUAACAUACAUGAACAAGCUUGUUUACAGUUUAAACUGCUGAAUGAGAUGUUUGAGCUAUUUUAAAGCUUACUUUUUAUUUGUUUUAGUACAAACUAAAUGAAGGUGAAAUACAUGCUAUAGAAAUGCACUGAUUUCUGCAUUGUGUACAGUAUUGAUUAAAAAUAAUUCACUUUGUAUUUUGAAUAUUGUCAUGUCUUGAGUUUAAUAAAGUUAAAAUAUACUAUUUAUGAUA